AUGGCGGACGUGCAGUGCCUGCUGUUCGCGGCGUCCGACCGCAGCCUCACGAUAUACGACGUGACCACGCUCACGCACACGCCCGUCUAUUGCAUCACCGGCCUGCCCAACAUUCCUAUGUGCCUAGCCUACAGCCCCGCGCACGGCGGGGGCGAGUCGGAGCUGGCGUGGGGCUCCGAGCGCGGCGACAUCACGCGCAUGCGCUUCCUGCAGCCGCGGCUCGCCCUGCUGCACACCAACACCACCGACUCCAUCAACUACUACUUCUGGAUGGAGCUGUCGUCCGCGCCCCACAGCCACUACGUCAGCGUGACCACGUGGCGCGGCGUGCACAGUCGCGCGGUGCGGCGCGUGAGCUACGCGCGCGACGGCGACAUCGUGUGGUCCUGCUCGCACGACGGCGCCGUGGGCGUGCGCUCGCGACACGUGCUGGGCAAGCUGGAGGACUACGUCUUCAAAGUGCAGAGAGGCGUGACGUGCUUCCACCUGGUGGCGGCGCUGCACACGCUGGCGACGGGCGGGCCGGACGGCGUGGUGCGGCUGUGGGAGACGCAGGGCUCGCAGUUCGCCAGCCUAAGCGCGCCGGGGGCGUGCGCCGUGCUGGACGUCGCCAUCGUGGCGGCCGCCGAGGUCGUGGUGGCGUACUGCAGCAACUGUUUCGUCCAUAUUUGGGAUCUCUACGAGGAGUGUCUCCUGCAGACAGUCAAAAUCAAGUUUCCCUUCCUCGGAGUGCUCGGCAAAAAGGCUGACUUCGGAACGAUAAGCAUUCACCCUGGCCCUCCGCGGAAGAAAGAGUCAGAAGAAGAGGCGUGCGGUGUUCCCGCGGGCUCGCGGCGCGGCUCCAGCGUGUACCAGGGCUCCACCGGCGGCCUCAUGCUGCAGCCCGAGCCCGAGCCCGCCUCCUGGGACCAGCGCGGCCUGGAGCGAGACCCGUGCGUUUAUAUUAGCACAAUUUAUUUUUGUCCGAGUGCCUUUCCGACUAGCGAAGGUUGCCAGUCAUCUCUUUUUGACGUGACAACGUCUUAUAAAUCGAUGAAGCCAGCUACACGCUCGAAAAAAGAUGACGUCAUGCGUCGUUUUAGUAAAAAGUUCGAGCUUCUGAUUACGCAUCGCAGUGAUGUAGCCAGUCGGUCGGCCAGUCGCGUACGAGUCUGCUGUUCCAGCGAGUACGUGCGCUUCGACCGCUCGGAGCUGCUGCUGUCGUGCUGCGACUGCGUGUGCGAGCUGCCGCUGCGCGCGGCGCCGGGCGGCGUGCUGCCUCCGCCGCGCGACUCGCUGCGCGCACGCCGACCCUCCUUCUGGGAGCUGCCUGCGGACUUAAUAGCGUCUCCGACAGUCAGGCCCCCGAAGCCGCCUCAGCCGUCUCCCCGUCUGCUGGCGCCGGUCGCUGCGGAGGAGUCGCUGCAAGACCUGGACGAGUUGCUGGAGAAAGCAGAAAUCAGAGCUCUAAUCAAAUAUUCAUACCUACAAUUUUUAAUUAUUACAGGUCUUCAAGGGCUACUGGAAAAGGAUUUUGUGUUAAUGCGUGGAUUGAAACAUGACCUCAACAAGAAGCUGCACGAAAUGGAAGGAAACAAGGAAGCGAUGCGAGCUGCGGUGAGUGCGGGCGCGCCGUACUUGGCUCUGAAGAGCUACGAGCCGCAGCCGCUGCCGUCGCUGGACCGCCUGGCGGAGCAGUGCGCGCGAGUCGUGAGGUUGGCCGUCUGCGGCAACUACUGCGUCGACAGUCCAUUGUGGAACGGGAAACGUCGCUAUCAGUCCAUGGAUGUCCACGGCUGGACUCGGGUCUCUUGAAAGCAAAACUUCCGAAUGCCAUACUGCUUCUGGCUUUCCAGUGACUGAUGUCGGCCCUCCUGGGACAGUAGUCGACUAUACUAUGUUUUCUGGUAUGGGGUCACCAUUCUAGCGUCUGUAUCCGUGAUCAUUUGAACUAUGUGCCUUAUUUAUACUCGUUUUAGCUAUGCGACUCGUCGAAAUAUCUCAGUAACUUUGGUUCUUUUAUAAAAAUAAGUCCUGUAA